AUGAAACACCUUUUGCAUUUUUUACUGGACCGAAGGCACUGCGAUCGAUGUAGUCCUGGUGACUGUCCUAGUAAGAUGGCUGAAGUCAGUGACGUGGCCUGGCCUGGCGCGUGCGACAUUUUCAUCACAUGCCAACGACUCCCGUUGCGGUUAUCAUCAUCAUAUACCGUCAGUGGAGAAUCUGAAGUUCACCGUGAGUGCGUCUUUCGUCUGCUACAUGGUGACUCAGAUAGCUCAAUCGCUAGAGUAGGGCAAAUCCAAAGCCGAAUAUUCACGUGUCGUGGUUUUACUUGUAAGUCUGAAGAUCAAGCCGUCGAGACGACAGUGCGAGUGCCUUCGAAAUUUCGAGUUGCUUCGAGGUGGGCAUCACGUGCUGAGAAUUUGUUCCACACCUGGCGAGCCUCGAGUCCAACAGCAGGCCUUUGUAUGCGCCCGCAAUACAGUCUCUUGAUCCCCAUCAUCCUAGUACCCACAAAUUGA